AUUAAGAAUACUGUGAGACAUUGAGAGAGAGAUAAGAGGAGGGAAGCUGGGAAUCUUCACUGUAUCCAUACACAUCUGAAAAAGACCAUGCAGGGAGAACAGAGAGAAAUACCAUACACACUCACCAAGGAAGAAACAAUAAUGAUCCAGAACACUUGGGGAGAGGUGUAUCACAGCAAAGAAGUGGCAGGGGUCAAAGCAUUCCUCAGGGUGUUUACGAGCUUCCCAUCGUCAAAGCAGUACUUCAGUGAUUUCCAGAACAUGAAGGAUGUGGAGGAGAUUCAGGCAAGUGGCCUGCUGAAGAAACACGCACUGCGGGUGAUGACUGGACUCAACACGCUGGUGGAGAAUGUCCGAGAUGGAGAGAAGCUGGUGUCUGUGAUCUUGCUGAUGGCCAAAUCACAUGCACUCAAACACAACAUAAAAGCAGUGUACUUCAAAAUCCUGAUUGGAGCCAUUCUAGAAGUGCUGGUGGAGACUUUCCCAGAGACCUUUGGGGUGGAGGUGCAAUGGGCGUGGUCUAAACUGAUUGACAUAUUCUGCUGGCACAUUACGCAGGUCUACUCUGACAUCAGCUGUGCUUCUAUGUGUGAAUGAAACACAA